UUGGAGGAGUUACAGACACCAUGGGAGAUCAGUGAGGUGGAGGUAAACUUUCCAAGUUACCUACCAGUGCCAGGCUGUAACUAACCUUCCAUACUAGUAACAAGCCAGACUGACACCCACUCUGUGGGAUUCAUCGCAUGAGCAGCCUGUGGCAAAUAGAUUUUAAGUGAAGUGAAACUUGGCAUAAGACAAGCCAAACUCGUGAAAGGGAUACAGUUGCUUGGAAAGGCUGGGAGCCACUGCCUUCUUGUGGUCAAAUUAAUUUGGGAUACCGAGGAAGGAGGUAGAAUUACCAAGGCGAACACAGAGCACCUGGAGAAUAGGUUGGCUCUGAUUCUAUUCCGGGAAGGGAGCUCCCCGCACUUUUUGUUUCAUUUCUCUCGCUACAGGCUGAUCAAAAGAAAGAGAAAGAGGGCCAUAGCCAGAGAGAAACCAUGGAGGAGGAGAGCAAGUUCUGCAAGAACUGCAAACGAGAUGUGUCUGCUGCCAAUUUCUCUCUGCAUGAGACCCACUGCACACGGUUUCUCGCUCUCUGUUCAGAGUGUGAUGAACCUAUUGCUCUAAAGGAGAUGGAGAGCCAUCAGGAAGAAGCACAUAAGCAGGUCAGAUGUAAACUGUGUCACCAAAGCAUGCAGAAAUACCAGCUGGAGAGUCAUACGGCCAAUGAAUGUAAUGAACGGUCCCUGAAAUGCACAUUCUGCGAGCUGGAAAUGCCCUUCAGCAAGCUGCAGAGGCACCUCGAGGCCUGCGGGAGUCGAACGGAGCUCUGUUGGGAGUGUAACAGAUACAUCAUGUACAAGGACUUGGACAAGCACAAAGACGUUUGUCAGAAUGGCAGUAAACCGGCGAACAAUGGUCUCAGUGACAAUCUGUGUCAGCAAUGCAAUAAGUGCUUCCCCGACGACCAGUACCUCCAGCACCUGAAUGAGUGCAGCCCUCUCUCCAAACUCGCGGAAAUUCUCGCCACCCAGUCAGUCACAACAUCCCAGCCGCUCCCUCUUCCCUCGCUGGUGAGGUCUUCCCCCCGUGAGAAUGCAGCUGCAGCAUGGCAGGAUGUUCGCCCAAAACGGAAGGAGAAGGACUUGUCUUCUGCCUCCCGGCCCUCGCUCAAGCCACUGAAGAACAAAAAGUCAGCAAGCCGCUCUGCUUUCACUUCUGUGCUGGAUCCCGAAGACUCAAUGACUUACGAUGUGUUGGCAGCCUGUUCCCAGUGCAAUAUUCUCCUCCCAGGUCCAACUCUAAGGAAGCACGAGACCAAGUGCCUACGUCUGGCUUCUUUGCAAAGUAUCCGGAGGAGACCAAAAUCGAGUCCUGGAAAGCGAGAGGAGCCUUUGUAAGGCACUACUGGAAAAACUGGAACCAGAGACGCUCCACCAGACCCCACACUUCAGUUCAGCACUAGUAAUGGCAUUCUAAACCACAUAACUUUAUACAUAGCGAAUAAAAGCAUCAUCCUUCUCAGGCUAGCAGAGAAUAAAGAACCACUCUCUGUAAUUUA